AUGGCGAGCAUCACGGCGAGCACCACGUCCCACAGCAAGCUCAGUUUCUCCUUUGGCUCUGCCCAUACUCCUAUCACAACCCCCUACCAUAGCGUGACACCCGUCGAGAGCUUGGCCCAGGGCAUUGCUCGGUCCCGCAGUGCAGUUCAUGCACAAGGCUCCCAGACCUCCAGCAAAGUCAAUCCUCAAAGCUCUUCCUCCCAAGCUGAAGAAAGCUGGCAAAAAGAAGAUGAGCAAUUUCAGAAGUGCAAAAUUGGCCGGACCCAGCGUGCUCACAAGAAACUGCACUCUGAGAACCUCUUCCACUGGUUGCUGGAAAAACUCAUCUACCUUAUCCAGGGCCUCCGGAGAAUGCUCCGGGACCUGACCCAGUCUCUGGCUUUUGAGGCCUUCAUCUUCACCGUCGUCUGCCUCAACACCAUCGUGCUGGUGGCCCAGACCUUUGCUGAGGUCGAGAUCCGCGGAGAGUGGUACUUCGUGGCCAUGGACUCUGUUUUCCUCUGCAUCUACGUGGUGGAAGCCGUGCUGAAAAUCAUUGCCCUGGGCUUCAAGUAUUUUUCAGACUCCUGGAACAACCUGGACUUCUUCAUCAUGGUCAUGGCCUUGCUGGACUUCGUGCUCAUGCAGCUCAACUCCCUGUCCUCGCGCUCUGUCCACAACCAGAGCAUCUUCUGGGUGCUCAAGGUCCUGAAGAGCCUGCGGGCCCUGAGGGCCAUCCGGGUCUUGCGGAGGCUCAGCUUCCUGACCAGCCUCCAGGAAGUUACGGGAAUCCUGGCCCGGUCCCUGCCCUCCAUCACGGCCAUCCUCAUCCUCAUGUUCACCUGCCUCUUACUCUUCUCCGUGGUGUUCCGGGCACUGUUCCGCCAUUCUGACCCCAAACGCUUCCGGAACAUCUUCACCACCAUCUUCACUCUCUUCACCAUGCUCACCCUGGACGACUGGUCUCUCAUCUACCUGGACAGCCGUGCCCAAGGUGCCUGGUACAUCAUUCCUAUUCUCAUGGUUUACAUCAUCAUCCAAUACUUCAUCUUCCUCAACCUGGUGAUCGCUGUCCUGGUGGAUAACUUCCAGAUGGCCCUGCUCCAAGGCCUGGAGAAAGUGAAGCAGGAGGCCGCCCGGAUCCACGAGAAACUGCUGGACGACUCGCUGACCGAGCUCGGCAUGGCAGAGCUCGAAGAGAAGCUAAGUGAAGGCACCGUGCGGAAGCAACUCAUCGAGAAAAAAUUUGGGACCCUGACUGAGAAGCAGCAGGAGCUCCUGUUCCACUACCUGCAGCUGGUGGCUGCGGUGGAGCAUCAUCAGCAGAAAUUCCGCUCCCAGGCAUCCGUCAUCGAUGAGAUUGUCGACACCACAUUUGAGGCCGGAGAAGAGGACUUCAGAAAGUGA